AUUGAAAGCUCCUAUUUAUUAAUCUAUGCUACAAACACAAAAAUGGGUCAUAUGAAGAAAAGAACAUCUGUAUCAAAUCGUAAAGGCGCAAAGCAUGUCUUGCCUUCUUUUGAACUCAAUAAGGAACAAAGAAACAUUUUAGGCUCUUUAAGUACCCCAAGUGUCUCAAGUAUUCCAAGUGACUCAAGUACUCCAAGUACCUCAAGUGUUGCAAGUAGCCCAAAUGUCUCAAGCGGCCCAAGCAGUUCUCAAAUAGAAUCAAAUAUACAAGUUGCCAAAAAUGUAGCUGUAGAUCCUUAUUCAGUUGAACCUCAUUUAGAUGAACCUCAUUUAGACGAACCUCAUUUAGACGAAACCUGCUUAGAUACAUUAGAUGAUAAUGAUAUUUUAUCUGAUCCAGAUUUGAGAAUUUACCUUUCUUCGACUAUUGGAAGUAUACACGGUGUACAGCUACAAAUGGUCCCCAUGAUACAAGAUAUACAAAAAAAGCUUGAUGAAAUGUAUUUGGACUGGAAAGCUGUAGGCUUUGGUGUGCAAAUGGAAAAUGAUAUCAAAUGGAUAGAGGAUGCUAUUAGUCAAACCAUUUAUGGUUUAAUUGAAAAAGUUAAAUACCCAAGUGAUAAAUGUUUAAUGCAAGUGUGUUACGAUGCAUUGUUAGACAUAAAAGGGGAGGGAUUUACAAACAAAAUUAAACAUGGCGGUUGGAAAUGUUUUUUUAAUAAGCAUGUUCGUACUCCGGCUCAGAAAUUCUGUCACCUGAGAAGAAGUAAUAUUGUCCAGCGUAUUAAAAAUUCAAUUCAUACCAAAUUCAAAGGACUCAUAAAGCCGAAAAGGAAAACUAUCAACCCUGUCAAUGUUGAUGAUAACCCAAAUUAUACAUAUCUUAACUUUAUACUUAAUCGUGCAUUUCCAGAUCCAAAGACAGAAAAAAAUUCUAUUGCAUUUGGGAUGGCCAUUGCAUUCAACUAUUUUGACCCUACAAAAGGGAUUAUCAUAGUUCUGAGUGAG